GUCGGGCCGGAGUCGCGUGGGCCGCGGGCGAACGCGAUGCCGGCGGCGGCGGGGGACGGGCUCCUGGGGGAGCCGGCGGCGCCCGGGGGCGGCGGUGGCGCCGAGGACGCGGCCAGGCCGGCGGCGGCCGGCGAGGGAAGUUUCCUGCCCGCCUGGGUGAGCGGCGUGCCCCGCGAGCGGCUCCGGGACUUCCAGCACCACAAGCGCGUGGGCAACUACCUCAUCGGCAGCAGGAAGCUGGGCGAGGGCUCCUUCGCCAAGGUGCGCGAGGGGCUGCACGUGCUGACCGGAGAGAAGGUGGCCAUAAAAGUCAUCGACAAGAAGAGAGCCAAAAAGGACACUUAUGUCACCAAAAACCUUCGGCGAGAGGGGCAGAUUCAGCAAAUGAUCCGCCACCCCAACAUCACCCAGCUCCUUGAUAUCUUAGAAACGGAAAACAGCUACUACCUGGUCAUGGAGCUGUGUCCUGGGGGCAACCUGAUGCACAAGAUAUAUGAGAAGAAGCGGCUGGAGGAAUCUGAAGCCCGCAGGUACAUCAGGCAGCUCAUCUCUGCAGUGGAGCACCUGCACCGGGCUGGUGUAGUCCACAGAGACUUGAAGAUAGAAAAUUUGCUACUAGAUGAAGACAAUAAUAUCAAGCUGAUUGACUUCGGCUUGAGCAACUGUGCAGGAAUCCUGGGCCACUCGGACCCGUUCAGCACUCAGUGUGGCAGUCCGGCCUAUGCCGCCCCUGAACUUCUGGCCAGGAAGAAAUAUGGCCCCAAAAUCGAUGUCUGGUCCAUAGGUGUGAACAUGUAUGCCAUGUUGACUGGGACCCUGCCUUUCACGGUGGAGCCUUUUAGCCUGAGGGCUUUGUACCAGAAGAUGGUGGACAAGGAAAUGAACCCUCUCCCCACCCAGCUCUCCACAGGAGCCGUCAACUUCCUGCGCUCUCUCCUGGAGCCAGACCCUGUGAAGAGGCCCAAUAUUCAGCAAGCACUGGCGAAUCGCUGGCUUAAUGAGAAUUAUACCGGCAAAGUGCCAUGCACUGUCACCCAUCCCAACAGGAUUUCCCUGGAGGACCUGAGCCCAAGUGUGGUGCUGCACAUGACGGAGAAGCUGGGCUACAAGAACAGCGACGUGAUCAACACUGUGCUAUCCAACCGCGCCUGCCACACCCUCGCCAUCUACUUCCUCUUGAACAAGAAACUCGAGCGCUACCUGUCAGGGAAAUCUGACAUCCAGGACAGCAUGUACUACAAGACCCAGCUGUACCAGAUCGAAAAGGGCAGGCCCACCAAGGAGCCCUAUGAGGCCUCCCUGGACACUUGGACAAGAGACCUUGAAUUCCAUGCUGUGCAGGAUGAAAAGCCCAAAGAACAAGAGAGAAGAGGGGAUUUUCUUCAUCGGCCAUUUUCCAAGAAGUUCGACAAGAACCCGCCCUCGCACAAACAGCCCUCGGCCUCGCUCGCCUCACAGAUUCAGAGCGCCAAAGCCCUGCUCAAGGACCGCAAGGCCCCCAGGUCCGGCUUCCCUGACAAAGAUUCCUUCGGCUGCCGCAAUAUUUUUCGCAAAACCUCAGACUCCAAUUGUGUGGCCUCUUCUUCCAUGGAGUUCAUACCCAUCCCACCGCCCAGGACCCCCAGGAUUGUCAAGAGACUGGAGCCCCCUCAGCAAGGGCCUGGGAGCAGCAGCAUCCCCGCCCGGGAAGACCCCCUGCUACUGGACAUGGCGCACUCCUUCGAGUCUGUGGACCGUGAGGACCACACAGACCUGCUCUCCCCGACCCAUCAUUGCAGGAUUCUAAACUCACCUGGGGGCUUGGCUCGUGGAAGUCUGGGUGAGCGGGCACUCUCCCCAGUCCUGCUGGCCGGAGGCCUGUCACCUCUCCAAACUCCUUUGCAUCCCACUCUGGUGUCCUUUGCUCACGAAGACAAGAACAGUCCCCCAAAAGAGGAGGGUGUGUGCUCCCCACCUGUGGUUCCCAGUAUCAGCACCACACAGCCCCUGGGGAGCCCAAAUUGUGUGAAAAGCCGAGGCAGGUUCCCCAUGAUGGGCAUCGGACAGAUGUUGAGGAAGCGGCACCAGAGCCUGCAGCCCUCCGUGGACAGGCCCCUGGAGGCCAGCAUGCCUCCGCUGCAGCCCAUGGCCCCUGUGAGCCUCCCCUUUGACAUGGCAGAUGGGGUCAAGGGCAAAUGCUAACCUGGGCCCCUGGUGGGAUUCUGGGUGUUUCUAAGGAAAGCAACCAAACAGAGCUCCACACAUCUGUGAGGGUGUGAGGAUUCAAAGGCCUAGCGUGGAGUGUUCUUCCUGGCUUCAUCUCCUCCUGCCAUGCAGUGUCCCAGCUAAAAUCCAUGGACCCAAGCCUGCGCAGCCCAGUCUGUAAUAGGGACCCCUGGAGAUGUGGAAAUUUCAGUCAUUCAUGUCCUCUUCCUGCCACCCACUCACUGGCUCUCCGCUCUCAUCCCUCUGCUGGGCUUGGGGCUGAAAAGCACAUAUCCACCUCUGGGCUACUCAGAUUACAGACUGUUUCCAGAUCUUUCUUCACUUCAGGCUUUAUAUGUGCUUCUCAUGGAAUUGUUCUCUUUUCAACAGUUGGCGACAGUCAUGGGGACUGACGGUGGCAUCAUAGAGUGGCUCCUGCAGGCCCUGCUCUCCUCCUUUCUUGUAGGUGAAUCCCUACAGGCUGGCGGGAGCUGGUAACCCACUGCACUAGACCCCAGGAACCUCAGAGGAAGCUAGGCAGAAGCCUUUACCACCAGCACCACCCCUCUGAGCAGACAGGGGCGGCUGGGCAAGGACUGCUCCAAACGGUGGGGACCCAGAUGAAAGGAAAGAUCACAGGGGACACUCAUUUGCCAAGCAAGGUUUUGACGGAUUUCUUUCUUUUUUGGUUGAUACCUGCUAAUGGUGGAAUUAUCUUCUCCAAAGAUGAUUUUCCUUUGUGUGAUGCUUUUCAACUGAAGUAACAAUUUUUUAAAACCUGGGAGGAGAGACAAGAAGUGAUUCCAUCAAACUUGUGUUUUCAUGAGCGACUGAGCAUGGAAUACAUAACAGCUCACCAACUAAUGUUUUUAGUAGCUGGUGGCCUACAGUAGCCUGUAGGAGGGGCAUGAUGAUAGCCACCCUAUGUUCUUUCCAUCCUAUCAACAUAGCCCCGUCCUUCCAGAAGGUGUUGAGCAGAGUUACAACUGGUUAUUUAGAAAAAAAGCAAAUAUUUGGGUUGAAUUUUGAUGCAUCUGGAAGUUUGCUGUGAGCUGUGAGCAGGCUUGCCUGAUGGGGAUCAUCUUAAAAAUACAGUAUCAUGUCUUCUUUGAGCAAAGUGGUGUUCCUCAAACAGGCUUUGAGCCUAUGUUCUGUUUUCACACCUUUUGCCAAGGAUCGAACCAAAGAUGCGUCUCUGGUUGUGUCCCUGUCUACACGUUUUGUGGACCUCAGUGUUGUCUGACUGUGUCUAGCUGGAGCCUGCGGGGUGGCUGUCUCCACAUGGGCCCUGACACUUAGUGGGGACUGCUCGGUCAUGAGCAGGAUUAGAAAGAGAAGAAUACUUAGCACAGGUUGGAUAGUGGUUGACUCAAAAAACAGGUUAUACAGCAGCUUGGAGUCUUCAGCUCUUGACAGUGCAGGCGUGACCAGAAACCACCACCGUAGCCACCCCAGGGCUGGUCCUCUCAGCCCACUGAUUCUGAAACAGACCAUGGCCCAUGAGAAUUACAAAGCCCACCUUCGUCUCCACUGGCAGACAGCCUGUGCCAGUGAGCAGUGGGGUGGUUCUUCAUCUUCCUCAUUUACCGAUGGUGACCUCCUCUUCCCCACCCGUCUCUGACACAGCAAGGAGACAGCCGAUCUCAGGCUGAUCCCUGAAGCACUGCCACGCUCAGGUGGCCGACCUUGGUAAGGACCUAGAGCUGAUGCUUCCCCCUGGGUGGGAUCAUCCCAGCUCUAGGGCCUCUUAGACGGGACUCAGGCUCCUGGCUGUCGGUGUUACUCUUGUGUCUGGCUUCAGACAGGGUUCUGGAGCUUUCCAUUGAACACAGAGCUGUUUAAGUACAGAGAAGAAAAGAAGCCUCUGAAAAAGACCCCUCUCUCCAUUUGACAUGAAGCAUUUGGCUUUCGACUGGUGAAGAUGGUGGCCCGCUGUAAGCAUUCUGCUCCGUAGGCUCGUGUGCCUGUGCCUUGUGAACUUCUAGGCCUUCAUUUCUGUCUCUUGUAUCCAACUUCCCUUGAGAACAUGAGUGUUUCUGUAGCGCUGUUGGCUUGCUGGGACAUGUUUCUCAUUCCUCGCAUGCUUCAAGAACAGCUGCAGACCGUCGAACAACUAACUGACCAUGUUGCCAUUGGUAACUUGAACUGUGAACUCAGGUUUAUUCCCAACCCAGUGAGAGGUGAGGGCAGUGAGGAAGGGGGGUAAACUGUAUUUUUUGUAUGUGAGCACCUGACAAAUCUAUGAAAUUGAGUGAAAGAAGAAAUGUUAAAUUCUUUAUUAUUUUAUUAUAUUUAUAUGGAAAACUUGACUAUCCCUUUGGUAAGUACGAAGCGUGUUGUCUGUUGUUGACCCCCGACUGUGUCAUCCAUCUGUGCCCGUGAUCUCGGUCAGUCUGUAGUGACUGAUGGAAGUGACUGAGCUAUCAUCGUCUGAAAUCGGGAGGAAAAGUCAACUUUAAUUGUAUGAUUUGUUCAUAAGUAAGGACUGUAUCUAUGUCACCAUUAUUAAGUAUAUGUACUUUUAUAAUGACUGUGAAAUACACUUUUCCCUUACUGUGA